CGCACAUGCCUCGACACUCCUUGCAGAAUGGGGCAGGAAGCUUCGCAAAUGUCUACCUUAGAUCAUACGAGGCCAGGACCUACAUCGCAACAUCUUAAUGGUGUCGUAGCCCGCAGCAAUGGCUGGACAUCAGUCAACGGAAGCGACCGACCGCCUUCACCAACCUUGCCGCAUCCGCAAGCACAUUCGGUGACUCUGAAGAGAAAGCGCACGUCCAAGACAGAAAUUCGUAUGGAAAAUAUUUCUAGAAAGAAUGUAGAAUUAAGAGGCGCGGAAAAGGCUACCAAGGCCAGCAAACUUCGGCAAAAGGACUCGAACGAACAUGCGGCAUCACAUGAAUCCGAUGUCAUCAAGACGGGUUCUCCAUACCGAGCAGUAUCAAAUGAUGAAUCAGGUGUAAGCGCUGUACGAAAAUCGAGUACCGAUUCAAUUUCAUCCCUGGACUCUGUGCUUGCACCGUCCAACAUCGCUGCGACAAAGAAUGAGGACAAGAGUGCGGGUCAGAACGGAGAUUACAAUGGGAAUGACUCGGAGUCGGACGUGGACACCGACGCUCUUGGUUUAUUGCAGCGUGUUGCGGCGGCGCAAAGCGAUGAUGAUGAAGAGUCGGUUACAGAAACACCGGCCAAGUCGCAGCCAGUACAACCAUCUUCCCAUGCCCCGACUCCCUAUGGCUGGAAGCCACCACAGCCUACUGUAGCCACUCACUACACUAUCUACUCGCCACAUGCACAACCACCAAGCUAUGUUCAGACACGGUCUGGCCCCGAAAACUUUGAUCCAAACGCUCCAUUGACAGCUCACGAAGAAGCGCAGUUGCGCGACGAGGGCCGUUUCACGAAGAUGGAACAAAGCUUUCUUAAGGACGCCAUCGACGAGUACUGCAAGAAGCACAAUAUUAGUGUGGAGCUGGCUAAUGAUUACGUGUGUGGUAAGGCAAGGGAGGGCAACAUACCAGGAGAUUUCUGGGACGAAGUGUGCAAGGCUUUACCUCAGCGCACAAAGAACUCAAUUCAAAGAGCGGCCAAACGCGUCUUCCGCAAUAACCAAAAGAAAGGACCAUGGACUGAAGAAGAAGAAAAAGCACUUGCGGAAGCGUAUGCUAAGGCACCUGAUCAGUGGGCCAAGAUUUGCGAAGAAGUCCCAGGUAGAAGUGCAGAACAAUGUCGCGACCGAUGGCGUAAUUACACCCAGAACGGUUGCAAACUCACGCGCGGGCCGUGGACAGACGCAGAAGAGGCCCAGUUCGUCGAAAUUUGCAAGCAGAUGCUUGCACAAGCACGCGUGGAACGCGAGAACCAGCGUAGACAGGGAAGAACGGUGUCGGAGAAGUUCGAGCCAAUCGAUCAUCUCAACUUCACCGCCAUCAGCGCAUUCAUGAAAGGUUCUCGAAGCCGUCUUCAUUGCCGUAACAAAUGGCACAAACUGAAGAAGCGCCCAGAUGUCGAGGCUGCGAUUCAAGCUGUGAUGAGAGGAGAAAGUCCUUUGCCGACGACAAGUGCUCAGGACAAGCCGAUCACGAGUGUUUCGUUACCUUCGAUCUCGACUACGGCCACAUAUGGACCGACUACAAUGACCCACCCACCUUUAGCUCAAGGGCGCACACAAGCUUCUAUGCCCUCACAUCUACCGACGGCACGAUUGACGUCAAUGACACCUUUACCAAGCUCGGCACAUGCAGGUCCGAGAGCAAGAUCGCCUUCUCUGACACCUGCGAGCACUUCACAACCUCCCGUCCUUGUUACGCCUUCAAACCCUUAUCACACUUUCCGGCCGUCACCUGCCCCGGGUCUUAAUCAAGUGCAAGGGACAUUAUCAGCUAGCACGCCGUCUACGCUUCCGCCGCUGUUGUCUGCGGCACAUCAUCCUCUACCUUAUGCAGAUCAACACUCGACAUUCAAUGCGCCAUUGACAGCACCACCUGCUCCGUCUCAAACCGGAUCGUCGACUGGACACCCCUCGAUUGCAUCCAGGAGUUCGGAUGCUCACACAGCGCCGACACAAUCUUCUUCGCCUCCAAGCUGGGUUAACGCGCCACCCAGAGUGCCCCAACUCUUUGCGCCGUCUCAAAGUGGUCCACCUACCUCAUUGUCAGCACCCCGCGCAAUACCGGGCCCCAAAAGGGUCCUGCCGGCGCCGACAGCGCAGAACAACAAUGCUCCUACUUCUCGACCAGUCGAAGCGUCAUUUCCAGGGAUAAGCCACACAACGACCAUAGGCCAUGCUCUUCCGGCGUUGGCCACUUCACCACCACCACCACCACCAAUGUCAAACCUGGCUAAGGCAACGUCGGCACCAGCCCUUCUACAGCAGCAUUCACUUCUAGCACCGACUUUGGCAGCCGCAGAAUCGCUUUCAUCUUUGGCCAGACAACCAGGGCCUCUUGUGUCAUCAGCCGCAAGCGGGCCGAAAACGCAAGUUUCGAACCCGUCAAUGAUGUCACAACACACGAACGGCAACGGAUUCGAAGCGGUCAAGUCUGCAUCGCCUGAUCUACCUGCGUCACCAUCGGUCACCGACUCCAGGCCUGUACGCAAGAAGCAAAAGACAGCAAAGGCGAGAGGCGAUGAGUAGAGAUGUGUUUCGACUUUGAAAGGGGAACACCUCGCACAGGUCAUGGCACUACGCUGGGCUUUUUCUUCCGGCCUUCAAGAUUGACACAUCGACUAAGGUUUACACACGACUUUCUGUAUUUCAAGUAUAUUGUACGACGUGACGCUGGGACUCUGGGAUGAACAUGCUAGUGAAAUGCACGAAACAGUCAUGAUCAGCAUAUCAAUGGCGUCUUUGAUGGCUACAAUAAGAGGGCAGCAUGAGCAAUUCGGCCUCGGCGUUAAUAGGGUUCUAAAUUCAAUUAUGGGACCGGGUCAAGAGGAACGUCAUACGUGAGAGAAAGAUAACUUAGUAGCUUCCUUUCCGUGCAAUCCCUACAG